AUGGCAUCUAAUAAUUUUGGUCACGCAAACAGAGGACUACAGAUCGGAGUGAACAACGCCCCUAUUAGUACGGAAAUCUAUCAGUCAUACACAAUUGAAGAUAUCGACCGAUUUUGCAUGCAGAAUUUAGCUUGCCCUGACUCGUUUGUCGUCAAAAACCGACUCAAGGCAGCCAAAGACAAACUGCACCGUCAAUCGUGGGAAUGGAUUCUUCAAACCCCGGAAUAUCAAAGUUGGAUGGGUGAUUCAGAAAUUUCUCUGCUCUGGAUCAAGGGCGGGGCAGGGAAAGGAAAAACCAUGAUGGCGAUUGGUCUCAUCGAAGAGCUUUCGAAGCAACGCGAGAAUACGGUAGCAUAUUUCUUUUGCCAAAACGCUGACCGAGAGCUCAAUACCCUUGAAUCGAUUAUCAAGGGGCUGAUCUUAGGGCUGGUUAAUCAGAACACUGAGCUGAAAGCAUCUCUACGACGUCGAUGGGAUACCCAAAGAGAACGUUUUACUGAGGACUGUACCUCAUGGCGAAAUCUGUGGGACAUCCUGUUCGAGAUGCUGGCGAGCCAGUGCAAGCUCUCGAGUGUCUAUUUGGUCGUGGAUGCUCUUGACGAGUGCCAGGAUGGUGGCAUGGCUGAAUUUUUGAGGCUUAUUGUUCGGAAUGGCCUGGACCAGCCAAAACUCAAAUGGCUCUUGACAAGUCGACCGUUGGAUAGUGCCGAGCGGGCAUUACUAACAGGGCAUGAACAAACACAAGUCAGCUUAGAGCUCAAUUUUUCGUCCAUCUCGCAAGCUGUCGACGCUUACAUAUCCCAAAAAGUGGAUGAGCUGAGUGCUUUCCAGAGAUACAAGGCACCACUAAAAAGCGAGAUAAGGUUGGAGCUCUCUAAAAAGGCCGAAGGAACUUUUCUCUGGGUCAGUCUAGUGUGCAAGAAACUCGAGAAUGUGCCGCAAGAGAGAGCUCUAGGAACCAUCCAAGACUUACCACCCGGUCUGGAUGCGCUUUACGAUCGGGCAUUAGACCAACUGCGCGACAGCAAAACAGACGAUACAAAAAAGUGUAUGCGGCUCCUGAAGGCGAUGAUGCUUGUAUAUCGACCUUUGAAUGUGGUUGAAGUCUCAGCUGUUACAGGACUAGCCGACGAAGACAAUGAGGGAUUAGUCAAUCGCUGUGCAUCAUUUAUAAGGAGACAGGCAAACAAAAUUGAGUUUGUUCACCAAUCUACUCGAGACUACCUAGCAGAGGAAAAAACCCAGUCAAUUUUUCAGCUUUAUACGAGCUUUGGACAUCAUGAUAUUCUCCAAGGCUGUCUUUCUCAGUUAUCUGAGCGCCUCAAGGUCAAUCUGUUAGACUUACCGCGACCCGACUCUACCAGAAACCCAUCGGAGCCACUGAGCCAGGAAGAAACAGUCAAAAUAUCUUGUCUGGACUAUGCAGCUACAUUUUGGGUGCGCCAUUUCGAAAAUGUCGAUCAUGCGAUCAAUCAAAGUGAAACUCUGGAGAACGUCAGAGUAUUUCUAUACUCGAAGUUCUUGGAAUGGCUUGAAUAUCUUAGCCUUUCGGGCAGGCUGUCUUUAGCCCCUGGAUUUCUUGAAACAUUGGGACCCUUAACCAAGAACGACACUUCAACUGCUGGAUUUGUGCGAGACGCCGCACGUUUCAUACCACGACACUACCACACUAUGACGCACUGGCCACUUCAGAUCUAUAGCUCUGCUAUCUUUUUCAGCCCCGAUUCAAGCAUCGUGAGGAGGAAAAAUCUGGACAAAGUUCCAAAAUAUUUGCGCCAAGUCUCUCCUGUGGAAGAUAGGUGGCCUUCAGUGAUACAGACGCUAGAAUCUCAAUGGACUGGUAUUGCCGCAUUCUCACCAGAUGGCAAGUGGGUUGUAUCAGGCGAUGAGAUGGGAAAGUUAACCCUAUGGGACUCAGUAGGCUCUCCCUCGAAAACAUGGAAGGGGCAUAGAUCAGAGGUCCUUUCAGUCGCAUUCUCACCCGAUGGCAAAAGAAUUGUUUCUGGAUCCAAGGAUCAUACUAUCAAGCUCUGGAGCUUGACGGGCGCUCUUGAGAAGACACUAAAUGGGCAUUCAAAACCAGUUCUUUCAGUCGCAUUCUCACCAGAUGGCAAAAGAAUUGUUUCUGGAUCCGGUGAUCAUACUAUCAAGCUCUGGAGCUUGACGGGCGCUCUUGAGAAGACACUAAAGGGCCACUCGGGCCGAGUUCAAUCAGUCGCAUUCUCACCAGAUGGCAAAAGAAUUGUUUCUGGAUCCGAUGAUCAUACUAUCAAGCUCUGGAGCUUGACGGGCGCUCUUGAGAAGACCCUAAAGGGUCACUCGAGAAAAGUUUGUACAGUGGUAUUCUCGCCGGAUGGUACAAGAAUUGCGUCCGCGUCCUGGGACAAUACUUCGAAGCUCUGGGAUUUGAUAGGUGGGCCUGAAGAUACUUUUCAGCACCCAGAGUUCCAUGCUGCGACCUUCUCGCCUGAUAUCAAGCGUCUUGCAUUGAUCAGUGGUUCUUCGGCAAUCAAUAUAUGUAAAACUGCAGAUGAUUCAGGGGAGAAAAUCAAUGGGCAUUCAAAUCCCCGCGAUGUUACUGGUCUGGAAUUUUCGCCCAACGGCAAGCAAAUCGCGUCUGGCUCCGGAGAUGGUUAUAUCACACUGUGGUGUGCUGCAACAGGCGACCGCCAGAGAGUUUUCGAACAUCAAUCAGACAGAAUUAACCUUAUAUCAUUCUCAUUCGACGGUAGUUAUGUCAUUUCAUAUGAUUAUCGUCGCAUUUCAAAUUAUAUUGUUCCUACAAUCAAUAUAUGGAACACCGAAACAGGAGAAUCGGAGAAAACUAUCCAACAGUCCCCGAGUUUAAUUCAGGCAAUCUCAUUUUUACCUGAUGGCAAACACUUCAUAUUGAGCCGCUACUCUGAAGCUUUUAACGACCAAGCCGCAAUUAUUGAGAUAUGGAAUAUAACAACAGGUGAAAACAGAAAUAUCAUGAGACACCCCGAGCAUAUCAUUGCACUCGCAAUUUCACCCUGCGGGAAAUAUAUUGCAUCAAGCUCCAGAAUAUCUACCAUAAAUCUAUGGAACAUCGCCGAUUUUUUUAAAAUCUCGAAGCUCAGGGGCCGUUUCUUCAGAAGACUCUUGAAACCUCGACAUCUCGAAUGUAUUGAGACAUCAGAGUGGGUCUACAGCAUGAGAUUCUCAGAAGAUGGCCAAUACCUGCAGACCGAAUAUGGAGCAAUCAUGCUUAAGGAUGCCGGCUUAAAGCCGAUUAUUUUGACAAGUCUCUAUAUCCACGACCAAUGGAUAAAAUAUGGAGAUGACAUUCGUUGUCUUCGGCUACCAAAAGACUACGAUGGCCGGCAUUGGAAGGCCCAUGGUGAUCAAGUGGCUAUUGGACUUGAUAAUGGCGAAGUCUUUGUGUUGAAUAUCAGGAGAAGUUGCGUGCGGUCAAUGUUGGAGCAGACUCUUGGCAUGGGGGUUUAG